CCCAUCGAUACAUAUUCACCAUUCCGAUAUCUUAUGGUGACAUGUCGCUUACAACGCAUAAUCCUUCUACACCACUUGUGACCCAGUGGGGUGCUAUAAAUUGAGUGAAGACGUUCCCAUUACUGAAAAACAUCACCAGUUCCCACCUCUAGUUCCCAUUCUCAAGCAACAUGCCCGGCCUCACAGCUGAUAAUGUCCCUGCUAGGUUAUUCUAUUACGCUCCCCCAAGUGAUGGAAGCAAACCUCGCAUCUAUGUCUCUCCCCCAGAGGGCGUCCCUCCUGUAACCUAUGGGGCUGACGAACAUGUCGUCCAGAUCGAGAACGUUCGAGGGAAGGAGGCCACCUUCACCCUAGACAAUGCCGGCUUCCUUUUUGGAAAGUACACUCCCAACCAUAAGGCAUUCUCCAACGACGAGGAGAUAGAGAAGGAAUAUUACCCGGAAAGUAUCGACUUGAUCAAGCGUCUUACAGGGGCCAGCAAGGUCGUUCUAUUCGAUCAUACCGUUCGCCGUCGAGUCGCCGGUGAAACAGGAAUCGACCCCAAAAAGCGUGGGCCCGUUCCGCGAACGCAUGUCGACCAGACCCCCUCGGCCGCCCACAAUCGUGUUCAUCGACAUCUCCCAGAAGCGGAAGCCAAGGAACGCUUGAAGCAUCGUUUCCAAAUCAUCAAUCUUUGGCGUCCCAUUUCUCACCCAGCAGACGACUGGCCACUAGCUGUAUGUGACUUCCGCAGCGUCAAUUGGGAGAACGAUCUCGUACCCGUAGAAUUGGUAUAUCCAGAUAGGGUUGGGGAGACGUUUAAUGUCAAAUAUAACCCUGAACACAAGUGGAAGUAUUUGCGAGGCAUGACUCCGGAGGAGUUCAUUUUGAUUAAAUGCUAUGACUCUGUUGAAGAUGGGAGUGUUGCGGUUUUGACACCACACACCGCGUUUGAGGACCCAGCUACCGCUGCGGGCACGCCUCCCAGGCAGUCGAUUGAGCUGAGAGCUCUUGUUUUCUACGAUGAUUGAAAAGGGGUUCCGGACCACCCUACUUCAAACUUGAACGACCACAUCCCUACUCGUAUAUUCUUCUACGUGAACAAUACUAUAGAGUACAGGAAAUAUCAUCAUUUAUAUCGUC